UCCGUGCUGUCAAAGUUGUAGUGCUCCUCGAGGGUCGGUCCCGCGAAGUGUCUUCCCGGUCUCUCUGCCUCUUGAGUGCUUCCCCCGUGAAGGGUGGGAGCGCAGGGACGGACGAGCGAGAUGAGCACCAUGUUUGCAGACACGCUGCUCAUCGUUUUUAUCUCCGUGUGCACCGCGCUGCUCGCCGAGGGCAUAACCUGGGUCCUGGUUUACAGGACGGACAAAUACAAGAGAUUGAAGGCAGAAGUGGAAAAACAAAGUAAAAAAUUAGAGAAGAAGAAGGAAACUAUAACAGAGUCAGCUGGUCGACAACAGAAAAAGAAGAUAGAGAGACAAGAAGAGAAACUAAAGAACAACAAUAGAGACCUGUCAAUGGUACGGAUGAAAUCCAUGUUUGCGAUUGGCUUUUGUUUUACUGCCUUAAUGGGAAUGUUUAAUUCCAUAUUCGAUGGCAGAGUGGUGGCGAAGCUCCCCUUCACUCCUCUUUCUUACAUCCAAGGACUGUCUCAUCGGAACCUGCUGGGGGACGACACCACAGACUGCUCCUUCAUCUUCCUGUAUAUUCUCUGUACUAUGUCGAUUCGACAAAACAUCCAGAAGAUUCUUGGCCUUGCCCCCUCACGAGCUGCCACCAAGCAGGCUGGUGGAUUUCUUGGCCCCCCACCUCCUUCUGGGAAGUUUUCUUGAAGAAAAACAGAAUUCUGAAUUUCCUAUCAUACUUUUUAGACAUUCACAUCAGACUUACAAGGCACCUGGCCACAUUCUAGGUUUGUGUUAUUUCUCAGCUAUGGAUAUGAUCAAAUGACCUAAUGGGAUAGUGCUUCUGGUCACGGAUGGCUUCUUUAGUAAGCGCAUUCACUGGUUACGUGUGGGUGAUUUAUGUAACCACACACAUCAUCUUUCUUCUCUCACUUAAGUAUUUUAGUGUAUGUGCCAUGUAUACAGACGCAGACUGUCCAUGAACAUGAGGCACCUAGGAGAAAACAGUGUAUGUAACAACUUCACUGGAAUUAUUUCUUGUGUUUUUUAAAAAGCCAAAUAUGUCACUUUGUGUUUGACAAUGAGCCAAAUUUUUAGAUGUUUCAUUUAGAGAUGUUUGAUUUUUUUGCAUAUUAAAAAGAAUAUUUUCUGUAAUCUGAACAUAAGGAUAAACAUUGGCCCAAAAAAAGCUAAAAUAAAGUUUUGUCAUGUUCUUUUACCA